GGUCUGGGGGGCUGAUCCGGAAGUGGGGUGAUAGUGGAGGAGGACAUGGAGAGUUGGAGGGUGUUGUUGCUGCUGCUGCCUGGUUUAGGGGCUCUCUGCGGGGCCAACUCGGUUGAGCAGAAGAUUUACGUGAAUUUGAACACAACGGCGGCCUGUGUCCGGCUCCUCAACGCCACCCACCAGAUCGGCUGCCAGUCCUCUCUAGACGGUAACACCGGGAUCAUUCACCUUGUGGAGCAGGAGUCUGACCUGGCCUGGGUCCUUCAGGAUGGUCCCCACGCCCCCUACGCAGUCCUCCUGGAAACAGCCAUGUUCACAAGGGACAUCAUGAUGAGGUUAAAGGUGAAGGGUCGGGUCGCUGGCGUCGCCGUGGUGAUUCCCACCAAACCGCAAGCUGCUCAGUUCUCGCCGCACCAGAGGUGUCCCAACGCUGGCUUCGGUGUUUAUUCCCCGGCCUAUGGGCCUGAGUUUGUGAACUGUAACAGGACCGUGUGGAACCCAGCCGGCAAUGAGCUCUCAUACGAAGACUUCCCCUUCCCAAUCUUCAUGGUGAGGGAUGACAACGAGACCCAGGUCAUCCGCAAG